GUUGUCACUAAUCGCUAAAUGACAGUUAACGAGCAAAUAGAGGAGCAUCUUGUCGAGUUAUUACUGAAUAUAAAUAAAUGCUGCUGCAAAUGUCAAAAUGUUUAAGAAUUCUUUAUCAUGGUAUAUUUUUACCCUUUCAUUACUGGAAUUAAUAAUUAAAACUCAUCCAACACUUCAUGACAGUAGUCAUGGCUUCAUCAGCAAAAAUCCAAGAUAUUUCGACGACGAAUUUUCGCAUUUACAUGAGGAAUUUGGUUUACUCAGAACAUCCAAGUUAAGUGAUGUACCAUUAAAAUUUCAUAUGAAAUUUGAACCAACUUUUCUCGAUUUUAACCAUAGACCGCUGGGUAUACCCCAUUUGGAAAAAGUUACUUUAUUUAAUAUUGAUAAAAAUAAAAGCAUCCAUAUGACAUCAAUAUCUGGAAAUACUGUCCACUUCCAUAGCUCCUUUUUUGCUGAUAGGAAUAUACCGCCAAAAGGGAACACAUCUUUCAGUGUUGUAUUUUUGGGCAGAGAAGAAGGCUUUAUAGAAAGCGACUUAUAUAUCCACACUUCUGAGGGAUUUCUCAAAUAUAAUGUACGUGCUGCUAGUACAUUUAGCCAUUAUAGAAUACGACCCAUUGUUGGGGUCAAAUUGCCAUUAAAUUCAAGUUUCGCACCAUUAAUUUAUUUGCACAAUCCUCAUUUGGAACCCCUCCAAAUUGUAGAAAUAUACGGAAAUGGAGGGGGAUUUCAUCUUGAACUGCCAAAUGGAGAACCAGAAGGGUCAAAUGACAUAUGGGAAAUCGCUCCUCAAGAAACAAAAGCUAUAAUUAGGGUGAUUUUACAUGCUGAAAGGUUGCAGAAUUAUACUGCCUAUGUCAGGAUACGAUUGAAUAAACCAAAUCUGACACUGGUAGUUCCAGUGGAAGUGGAAGUUACAACUGAUACAGAGAUCGUGCACCCACGAGGUUACGUAGAUUUAGGUUUAGGAGGUAGUUUGGAUUUAGCCAGUGAGGUUAAACUGUGCCUUUCAAAUCCUAACAAAAAACACGUAAGAGUCCAUAGUGUUUCUACGACUUCCAAAGCAAUCACAGUACAACAUUAUAAUAUCAGAUUACCACCUGCUGUUGAUACAGAUGAACCUUCAGAUCAAUGCGUCGACAUAGGGACGCUAACAGUCGACUGGAAGACUGCAUACGAAACCAAAGACUUUACAGGUAAAAUAAUAGUGAAAUACAGGAACGGUAAAAAUAAAUCCGAAAUACCGUAUCAUUUAACAGUUUUAAAGGGUGGAUUAACUUACGAUCCACUUACCACCUCCUAUUUUAUGAAUGACAAGGCAGUAGAUUUAUCGUCGAGACUGUUCAAAGUUAAAAAUGAAUUUGAAGAAUAUAUUUAUAUUUCUGAUGUUAUUUUUCCCCAAGAUGCUCAUUUGUAUUUUAAGAUUCAAGACCUCUCUCCAAAAAUAUUGAAGCCUGGCGAAGAGGUGAAUCUCUUUAAUAUUAAGUUGAAGAAUAACAUCAGAUUGUCUGAUUUACAACUACACUCUCAUAUUAUUAUAAAAACUAAUAUUUCUAGCGUACGAGUUCCAUUAUUAAGUUAUAAUGGGAAACUUCAAGUGCAUUUACCUUUUAAAAGUAAAGAUUACUCCUUGGACAUCGGCCUUUUAGGCUUCAACUCACUCAAAGAAGUGUAUUUUAUGGUUGUGAACAAUAAUCCAGUUACAUUGUAUUUAAAACAUGUUCAUUCUUCCAUUCCCAUGACGCGGGCUGGUAUCGUCGGCUGUGGAUCAGGCGACCACAGACUCGUAUUAUUCCGUGAUUCAUUUGACAAUCUAUCUAAAUGCCACACACUAAAACCAUCCCAUUACGCAGUGAUCAAAGUUACAAUUAUGACGACUCAAGUGGAAGGGCAAGUUUGGGGAGACAUAUACGUUGAAACGCAAUUUGAAAAUUUAAAAAUUCCUGUUCAUUUCAAAAUAGCGCAUGGAAAAUUGGAAAUAGGGCCGGAUAAACUUAUUUUUGAUCAGUGCUUUCCAGGCAAGUUGUGUACUCAUCCCGUACGAAUACAUUCGACGUUUAACGAACCUAUGAUUAUAGAAGAUAUUCUGUCGUUACCACCGGAUAAAAGGAUUUCGAAUAAAAACACAGGACACAUUCUUGCUAGGACUUCUAAAAUAGUAGGACAUAUGUUCCUUAAUCCCGAAUUAGAGUGCCAAACAGAAUGCUAUACAGGUCUGCAAUCUGACACAACAGCUCAAUGGUUAAGGAUACUGUCGCUCUCUAAAUAUAUCUCCGAUUUAGAUUCACAUUUAGCUAAUUUAUUUUAUACAAGAUAUUUAAAUUUAACUUCUAAUGGUACAAAAAAAUGGCAAAACAUAACAUUACGAUUAGACACAUCUGAAGUGAGAGGUCACAUCUUUAAAUCCAGGGUGAAAAUGAGUUGGCCGAGCUUGAUAGCUGAUCAAAAUAUUGAAAACAAAUCUGUUGUUAAUUUCCCACUCACCCAAGUAGGAAAUGUCACUUUCCAUAAUCUCACCAUUCGAAAUCCAGCCAGUUAUAAUUUGAUAGUGCAGUUAGUUUUUGACAGAGACUAUCCUGCUUUUGAAACCUUAUACACUGCCCUACCACCAAACUUCAUAGUUAAAAAUUUUCAUGAUAGUUAUUACUCUCGAGGUUUCUUUUUCUUGAAUGAAACUAAAAGAGAACAAGUAGAUUUUUUCGAGCAAAUGUUGGGUGUUACUACACAUAAAGAUAGUAUACCCAUUUUAUUGGCUCCUGGGGAGAGUUACACAGUUCCGAUUGGAUUCAAAGCUGACGAUAAUGAUUUUCAUUCGGCGAUUUUAUUGCUAAGAAACAAUCUUACGAUUUUGGAAGCAGUUAGAUUAAAUGCGAGAAGUGCACAGCCACUUUUUAAAUUUGGUAAUCGUAGACCAGGGUCAGUGCAACCUCUGAUGUUUGAAAUGACAGACAGACAUUUCAGAGAUUGUGAAAAGCUAAAUGUAGUCGAUCCAAAUUUCACCGUUAAAAGAACUUUUACAGCUAGAAAUAUAGGAGAAGUAACUUUGUAUAUUCAUUCUUUUCACAUAAAUGAUUAUAUCUGUGAAGGAUAUGGUUUCAAAGUAAUGGAUUGUGAACCUUUUGCUCUUCAUCCUAACCAAACUAAAAAAAUAGACAUAGCAUUUACUCCAGACCUAACUUUAUCGAAAAUUUCCAGAACGUUGAUUUUGAAGACCAGUCUCAAUAUUCCUGUGAAUUAUACAUUGUAUACGACGAUACCGCCUGUAUAUUUGGGACUGUGUUCGGAAAUAAUAUCCAGACCGACAUGGGAGACCUACUUGAGUUAUCUAACUGUAGCUUCCAUGACAAUUCUUCUUGUCAUUAUUUUAUUUAUAGCGGCUAUAGAUGCGGAAAGAAUACGAAGACAGGCGAUAGGAUCGUUUAUACUACCCAGUAGUUCUACCGUCCAACCUGUAUUAGAUUUAAGGAUGGUAGGACAACAAACGAGGGAAGAAAUUCAAACACAAAAACCUGCUAUUGUCAAGGAAGAGAAGAAAAGUGAGAAUACAGAAAAGAGCGUUUGUAAUGUGGAAACAGUUGAGAUCAAACCAAAAGUCGAAAUGGAAAGAUAUACAGUGCUUGUUCCUACCACAGGAAAGGCUAAAAAGAAGCUUGGUAAGAGAAACAGUAAUGAGCCGGCCCAACUGGAAAAUCAUUAUAUGCAGGUGGUCGAUAAAAUCGAGAAGAAAAAAGAAAAACAUGUGGAAGUCAAACAUAAAGUAAAGGAGAACAAAGAUGACAAAGGAAUUGGGAAAAUAGAAGAGAAAGAGAAGAAACAUGUACAAAAUACCGUUAAGGAAAAAGAGGUGAAGAAAUCUCAAUUUCAUAACAAAAAACAUACCAAAAAUACAGUAGUACCUGCAUACGAAGAGGAGACUUCGUCGAGCGCGACUGAAAGUAAUGGUAGCCUCAAUGAAGACCCCGAAAAAGAAAAUAACCAAAGAAAUACCACAAAAGUUUGCUCAAAAACAACAACAACAAUUAAAAAAGAGAGGGAUAUUCCAACAACCAACAAUAACAUUGCUGAAGUUAAUUCUCCCAAUACCAAUGAUUUUAAAUGCGUUAAUUUUAAUCACAGUAAUCAUCACAAUAAAAUAAAACAUCAAAAACCAGCUACGAAAAUCGCGAAAACUUAUGAAAAAGUCAUCAAAGAGAGUAAAGACUAUGAUAAUAUACAGAAGACCAAUGAACAGAACCAAAUUCAUACAAAUCACAAACAACACCAUAAUCACCCGAGAGACAGAAAUGAUAAAAAAAGGGAGAGGGGUUUGAAGGAUCGCAAAGAAAAGGGUUUUCACAAGAAAUCUAUGGACAAAAAUAAACACCAGAACCUCUCAGAACCGAUACAAAAACAAAAAUCUCUAUGUUUUAACGUUCCGCUUCCUACGCCGAUCACAUCGACAGUCUGGGGUGAAAGUCGAGCCAAGUUUAGCGAUGUCGUAUCUCGAAGCGAACCGAGUUCAACAUCUUCCAGUAAUCGCGUUCAAAAUCAUAAUACAACAAAAUCGAUAGUUACCAAACCAACUAUGUACGUGGAGCCUUACAAACAAACAACACCUACAGAACUAGGUCCGAUCGGUUCGAGACGUAAUGACAGACGAUCAUCAAACGAGAAUAACCGCAGAUCGAUCAUAGAUGGGUUCAAUCAUGAUAAUUUUUUAAAUGCCGAAAUUACCAACAGUUAUUUCUCCGAUGAACCGAGAUUGAAUAAUGUCGGUAGAGAAAACGGUUUUAUGGGCGAUUUGAAUGGUUGGAGUCAACAAGGUUUUAGUAAUAAUAUAGAGGCAGGGUUCAAUGUUCCUCAAGAUCCAUGGAGUCCAACUUUACUAAACACAAGUUCCUAUUGGGAUAGUUUUAAUCCUCUAUUGAGUGAUAAUUCGGGGUUGUUGGAAAAUUCUUCAGUUAUUGGUAGUACUUCGUUGCGUUCACAGAAUACCGUAGCACCGACGACAAACGUUUAUUUAUGGGGUUCAUCUUCAGUAUGGCAACCUUGGUCUCCUGAAACUCCCAUAACUCCAAGUACUCCUACAAGGACACCUCCAGGAUUUGAUGAAUUGGUGCAUCGAAAACAGGAUGAACAACCACAACAGUCUUUAAGGGAUAGUUACAGUCCUUUCAAUAGUUCACCGUUGUGGAAUCAGCAACAAACGAAGCCAUGGAAUUACUCACAGGAGCCGUAACGAGCCAAAUUUUUUGGAUUCGUGUGUUCGAUUUGUUGGGCCUUUUGCACUUAUUCCAUAUUUAUUUGGAAUUUACUGAUUGUGUUUUUGUAAGACUGCAUGUAAUAUAAUGAAAUACUCAUUUGUGUAGGAAUCGUUGCAUCCUACUUUUUCAUAUACGUUUUUGUUCUUUUUGAUUUUUCUUAGGAACCUUUCAAUUUAAAACAAAUUGAUGUCGGAAAUGCCUUCUUUAACUUAAAUAAAUGACUUCGCGCGGCGUUUUCUCUAUAAGAAGAUCCCUCAAUAAAUGUUAUGAGCAGAUUA